CAAGUAGAAGCUCAGUAAGCCGUACGGGGUCCUAGGAGACAGAGAGGUGGCAGUGACCAGGCGGCAUCACACUGCAACACGCUGAACCCCGCGGACAGCCCGCACCGGGGACAUCUAGCAGACACAACCACAGCAACAGAAAUGCCCUGUAUUCAAGCCCAGUAUGGAAGUCUGUCCCAGUGUGCAGGCCCCAGUGACAGUUAUGUAUCAGACACCUUAAACUCAGAGUUUGGUAAAUUCACCAUGGACCUUGUUAACAGUGAAAUUGCAGCUUCCACGUCUUUGCCUAGUUUCAGCACCUUCAUGGACGGUUACACUGGAGAGUUUGAUGCUUUUCUUUAUCAGAUCCCUUCAUCAAAUCCACAAUCUUCACUGAAGGUUGAGGAGUUUCAAGUGUUCGGCUGUUAUCCUGGUUCUUUCGCUAAUCAAUUGGAUGAAACCAUGUCAUCGAGUGGUUCGGAUUAUUACGGUAGCCCAUGCUCGAUCCCAUCUCCUUCUACACCAGGUUUCCAGAAUCCUCAAAUACCCACAUGGGAUAGUUCUUAUGGCGCCUACUCUCCGACUCAAAGCUAUGAUAAUAUGCGGCCAUGGACAGAGCAACAGAAAACCGGCAUUCCUCAGGCAUCUUUUUUCUCCUUUGGGACACCAGCACAUAGCCCAAACAUGGUUCCUAAUACAUUAAAGAUGAGUCACGCUGCACACAGACUUGAACAGCAGGUUGUGGAUCCAGAUGUGUUUGCAAUGGCACAAAACUCACCCGCAGGAUUUCAAACUAUCCCCAUUGGCCAGGGGCCUGUGGUACUGGACAGCUCUGUUUUAUUGGACAGCCCAUUAUCUCCAUCCAAAGCACGUAGCCCCAGCUCAAAUGAGGGGCGUUGUGCUGUCUGUGGGGAUAACGCUUCUUGUCAGCAUUAUGGUGUACGAACCUGUGAAGGAUGCAAAGGUUUUUUUAAGAGGACUGUACAAAAAAAUGCCAAGUACAUCUGCUUGGCUAACAAGGACUGUCCCGUGGACAAAAGGCGCCGGAAUCGCUGCCAGUUCUGUCGGUUUCAAAAAUGCUUAGCAGUGGGAAUGGUAAAAGAAGUUGUACGCACGGACAGCCUAAAGGGCCGUCGGGGUCGCCUGCCAUCAAAACCAAGGCCAGCUUCUGAUUCUUCACCCAUUAGUCUUAUUAAUUCACUGGUACGAGCUCACAUCGACACCAUCCCCAAUUCUAGUAAUCUGGAUUACUCACAAUACCAGGAGAAUGUCUCCGUCCUGCUGGAGAAGGAGAAUCCAGUUGACGUACAGCAGUUCUACGACCUUCUUUCAGGUUCUUUGGAAGUGAUCCGCAAAUGGGCAGAGAAAAUCCAGGGCUUCAUAGAGCUUCCUAAAGAAGACCAGGACCUCCUAUUGGAGUCUUCUUUCUUGGAACUGUUCAUCCUGAGACUGGCUUACAGCUCAAAGCCAGAGGAAGGGAAACUGAUUUUCUGUAAUGGAGUGGUGCUUCACCGUAUGCAGUGUAUUCGAGGCUUUGGAGAGUGGAUAGACUCAAUCAUUGAAUUUUCACACAGUCUCCAACGUAUGAACAUCGAUGUCCCAUCAUUUUCCUGCCUCUCUGCCCUUGUCAUCAUAACAGAUAGACACGGAUUAAAAGAGCCUAAAAAAGUGGAGGACCUUCAAAGCCGGAUAAUUAAUUGCCUUAAAGAGCACGUGCCGUCCACAAUGAGUGAGCCCAGUCGAUCUAACGGUUUGUCCAAGUUAUUGGGCAAACUUCCGGAGCUGCGCACCCUCUGCACGCAAGGCCUUCAGCGCAUUUUUUACCUGAAACUGGAGGACCUAGUGCCACCACCACCUAUUGUAGAGAAGAUCUUCAUGGACACACUGCCCUUCUAAAACAUUGCACUUUUCUUCUAAGCUCAGAGAAAAGGACACCCAAGCUCACACAGAAUGUGGAGUAUCCUGUUACAAACUUUUGGAACCCUUUUCUUUGACAUUAGGUGCCUAACCAGUAGAUUGUUCCUCGGUGGGAUCUUCUGGGUCUUAUAUGAAGACUUUCAUUUUAUUAUUCUAGAAAAAUCCAGUUGUGCCUUUGGCUAAAAACAGACUUUUUUUGUGUCUUGUUUCACUUUUUAAGUAUUUUUUUUAAAUACUUGCUGAAUUCACGUGGUUCCUAUACUGCCUUUCCUACAGCACUCCAAGAUUGGACCGGACCUUUAGAGCAGACUCAAAAGCUUUGGGAGAUGGGCAGCAUAUAGCCUGCCUUUUUUUUUGCCCCAGCUGUCUUAGACACAGGCUGAAAGGGAUGGACCGAAUUUCAUUCACAGCCAGUUUGUAAAGACUUGUACAUAAAUGAAGAACGAACUGUAUAUAGUAUUAAAAGGUAAA